GACAUCGCGAGAUCAUAGACAUUGUGUGGAAUAAAUUAAAAUGUCGCUGACGAGCUUCCUACCGGCGCCGACUCAGCUGUCCCAGGACCAGCUGGAGUCCGAGGAGAGGGCCCGGGCACAGAGGUCCCACUCCACCGCCCUCGUCUCCUCCCGCAGAGAACCCCCUCCCUACGGCUACAGGAAGAGCUGGGUGCCCCGCUCUCUGGAAGACUUUGGAGAUGGCGGUGCGUUCCCUGAGAUCCACGUGGCUCAGUUCCCUCUGGAGAUGGGCAGAAGGAAGAAAACCUCCAACGCCCUGGCUGUACAGGUGGACGCUGAGGGCAAGAUCAAAUACGACGCCAUCGCCAGACAGGGACAGGGCAAGGACAAGGUGAUCUUCAGUAAGUACACAGACCUGCUUCCUAAGGAAGUGCUGAACGACGAUGCCCCAGAGCUGCAGAAGCCUGACGAGGAGGCUGUCAAAGAGCUGACAGAGAAGACCCGUGAUGCUCUGAUGAAGCAGGUCUCUCAGAAGAUAGCUGCAGCUAUGCCUGUGAGGGCAGCUGACAAACAGGCCCCAGCACAGUACAUCAGGUACACUCCGUCCCAGCAGGGCGUGGCCUUCAACUCGGGGGCCAAACAAAGGGUCAUCCGUAUGGUGGAGAUGCAGAAGGACCCCAUGGAGCCCCCACGCUUCAAGAUCAAUAAGAAGAUUCCUCGUGGACCUCCCUCCCCUCCUGCACCUGUCAUGCACUCACCAAGCAGAAAGAUGACAGUCAAGGAACAACAGGAGUGGAAGAUUCCUCCCUGCAUCUCAAACUGGAAGAACGCAAAGGGUUACACCAUCCCCCUGGACAAGCGUCUGGCGGCGGACGGUAGAGGACUGCAGACCGUUCACAUCAAUGAGAACUUUGCCAAACUGGCCGAGGCGCUCUACAUCGCUGACAGAAAGGCCAGAGAAGCUGUGGAGAUGAGAGCCCAGGUGGAGAAGAAGAUGGCCCAGAAAGAGAAGGAGAAGAAGGAGGAGAAGCUCAGAGAGCUGGCUCAGAUGGCCCGAGACCGCAGGGCAGGGAUCAAAGGUCACGGAGGAGACAAAGGUGGUGAGGACGGUGAGGCCAGGGAGCGUGACGAGAUCCGCCAUGACAGGAGGAAAGAGAGACAGCACGACAGGAACAUCUCCAGAGCCGCCCCCGAUAAGAGGUCGAAGCUGCAGAGAGACCAGGACAGGGACGUCAGUGAGCUCAUCGCUCUGGGUCAGCCCAACCCUAGAGCCUCCAGUGAGGCUCAGUACGACCAGAGACUGUUCAACCAGACCAAGGGUAUGGACAGCGGUUUUGCAGGCGGGGAGGAUGAGAUGUACAAUGUGUACGACCAGCCGUUCAGGAGUGGCAGAGACAUGGCCCAGAACAUCUACCGGCCCACCAAGAGCUCUGACAAGGACAUGUACGGAGAUGACCUGGACACACUCAUGCAGAGCAACAGAUUUGUUCCUGACCGUGAGUUCUCUGGUACGGACCACGGUCCUCGUCGUGACGGCCCCGUCCAGUUUGAGGAGGAUCCCUUCGGUCUGGACAAGUUUUUGGAGGAGGCUAAGCAGCACGGGGGCUCCAAGAGACCCUCCACCAGCAGAGGCUCCAAGGACUAUGACCACGACAAGAAACGCAGGAAGGAGUGAUGGAAACGAGACCGAGACCCUCGGUCUGGUGGGAAGGGAGGGUAGCGUUCAGUAGGCAUAAAAUGUUGGGAAAUGUUUCAAAACGUCGAAGUUCAGAAGUCACUGAAUGUGUUUUUUCACUAGAAUGUAGUCCAAUGAGAAUGGGCCGUUUUUAUUUUAAAUUUGAAGCUGUUUUCUCCUUUCUAUACCUACUGAACGUAAUCCAGGGUUUUGGGAGGAGGGAGGGAAAGUUGGGGAAGAGAGGGGGAGGGAAUGUUCGAGGAGGUAGGGAGAGUUGGGGAAUACUGAGGGAGGUGGAGUUGGGGAAGUCUGAGGGAGAGUUGGGUCAGGACCCUGACUGGAACUAUAGACAUUCUGUGUGUGUGUGUGUUGUAUGGCUGAACCCCCCCAGGAACUAGCAGGGAUUAUUUGUUGAUAAUGACCUUUUUCUGUACAGCAUCCCUUCAUCUUUACAUACAGCACUAUCUUGCCUGUAACGUGUGUUUUAAGUAAAGCCCCCUAGUAUUUGUAAGCAAUAUUAUUAUGCCUGUGUGAUAUAUGGUCUUUGAUCUAGCAGCAUUCCUGUGAUGGAGUUUGAUUGAAUUCCCCUUUCAGGUCUUACGUGAUCUACUCUAAGGCAUCUUUAGAAUAACUAUACAACCUAUGUUACUGGUGGGAUACAAUGUAAACCUACUCUAACUUGUACAGUACUACCACUGAAUACAUUUCAUAUAAUGGAAUAAACGUGUCUCUGUAUUUA